GACCAAAUCACAGGAUCUGUAGGCGCCAAAGCUGAUCGCCAAGAUGCCUACCUCGACUCGGAAGCGUACGAAGCUGUCGCCUUUGGGGACUUUGCGACAUACAUGCGUCAUAAACGACAAAAGCUCAAGGUUCAGGAAAGUGCUUUACUGCAAGAAGAACGCAUGCUCCUGAAAUAUCAGCAGCGAGCCCUGGGGUCACUGGCGGUCAAAGAUGCAGAAGAGAGCAGCUCGAAGCCGUUAGCUGAUAUCGCUGAGAUUGACAAGGAGCAUCCCCAAGUAUUCAAAGGUUGCUGUAUCUACAUUAACGGCCUUACUCAGCCACCCUAUUUAGAGCUGCGCCGUCUCAUUGUUCUGCAUGGCGGUGAUUUCAUGGCCUAUCUCGACACCAAGGGCACCGUGACGCACAUCAUCGCUUCGUCGUUGACACCGAAGAAACGCAUCGAGUUCAAAGACUACAAGGUCGUCAAUGAAUCAUGGAUUCUCGACUCAAUCAGAGAAGGCAGACGAAUGGAUUGGAGGCGCUAUCGAGUCGAGGCGGAGAAUGGACCUGAAUUGGAGCGCUGGAACAAGAUGAAAGUGCAGAGCAAGGAAGCUGCUAAGAACCAAGGUAGCCAGUGGAGUAGCAAGUUGACGCGGAUAAAUGUGACUUCGUUAAGAGCGCAUAAAGAGCUGGCUUCACAAGAUGGAAACCGACUGGAAGCUCCUGUUACACCUGAGAAGGGUAAGGCGGACCCGUUCCUGCCCCCAACCGCGCUUGCGGACAAGAACAAUACGUCGCCAUGGGGAAAGAGCACCGCUCAGAAAAAGCUGCUCGACAUCUGGGCGAGAGGUGCGGAGAGCUCGUCCAAAGUGGGGAUUAUGAUAUCUGCAGCUGCUCAAACCCCAGUAGGCACCACGCAGCCUUACACAGUCAUCGGCACAAACCCCUCUUUGCCUGUUGCGGCUGCGCGUCUCGUGGUCGAUAACGCGCCUUACACCUCACAUCCAUCCAAUGGGCACGCCGCACGCCUGCUCGCGUCGCCUUCGUGGCGUGAGCGCAACACUGCAUCCAGCGGGGACUUCCUGAGCGGGUAUUUUGAAAAGAGCAGGUUGCACCACCUCAGCAGUUGGAAGAUGCAGAUGAAAGAUAUGGUCGAAGACGCGCUCCGCGAAUCUGGUAGGGUAAUGGGAAGUCCUGAGCUCCCCAAGGGUGUCAAAAGGGUCAUCAUGCACAUCGAUUUCGACAGCUUCUUCGUCAGCGUUGGUUUACGUGAUCGUCCAGAGCUAAACGCUAAGCCGGUCGUCGUCUGUCAUCGGCAAGGGCAGAUGUACAGUACCGACGGUGAUCAGAGAACGGUCCCUGUCCAAAGGACAAGCACGUCUGAGAUCGCAUCAUGCAAUUACGUCGCGCGCUCGUUCGGCAUCCGCAAUGGUAUGAGCUUAGGACAAGCUCACACGAAGUGCGCAGAGGUGCACUCUAUCCCAUACGAAUUUGAUGCAUACAACAAUAUCAGCAUCCAGCUCUACACCAUCCUCCUGGCGCACUCAGACGCCAUCGAAGCAGUCAGCGUUGACGAGGCGCUGAUCGAUGUCAGCUUCCUUCUCGAAGAGCUGCGAAACGGAAACGUUCGCCAAGAGGCGCAACUACUCGAAAAGUACAGGCACUAUGUCAGUAGUCAGGGAGACUCUUGGACGGGGGAGAGGCAGCUCGCCGAGGCGCUGCGUGACGAGAUUCGCAGCAAGACGCGCACGGAAGCUAGCAUCGGCAUCGGAUCGAAUGUCCUUUUGGCAAGGCUGGCGACUCGCAAAGCCAAGCCCGGCGGCUCUUUCCACUUGCUCGACAAGGAUGUGCCGACAUUCUUGGCGGAUCUCGAUAUCGACGACCUCCACGGUAUCGGAUGGAGCGCUCGCGAGGCGUGCAAGAAGGAAUUUGGCUGUGUCACCAUCUCAGAGUUGCUGUUCAAAGCUAAGGAGUCCGACUUUCGUCGCGUUUUCGGGCGCGAGAAGGGGGCGCAGUACUGGAACAAGCUGCACGGAAAAGAGCGAGACAAGCUAGAAGGUGCGCGCGUCAGGCGCAGUAUCGGUGCCGCUGUCAAUUACGCCAUGCGCUUCCAAGAUCAGGGCGAGGCGGAGACAUUUGUGCAGAAUCUCGCUGCGGAAGUCGCCGGCCGCAUGGAAAAAGCCAAGCUCGCCGGGCGCAAAGUGCAAGUCGCCGUUAUGGUCAGGGCGAAGGACGCGCCAGUAGAAGCGCCGAAAUUCCUGGGUCAUGGCGUCUGCCAAACAUACAAUAAGAGUGCCAAACUUUCUAGCUCGACGCACGACCCCGCGCAGAUCAAGCGUACCGCGUGGUCGUUGAUUAAAGCUCUCAAUGCCGAUCCCCGCGAGCUCAGAGGAAUCGGCAUCAGUCUGCAGGAUCUCACUUCCACGACUCCCGGUGCCCACCUGCCUCUCGUCCCCAAGGACGGGCAGUCAUUGCUCAUGUUCGGCUCCGAUAAGAGGGAUGCGACAUGGCCUGUGCUGCAAGGCGAAAAGCUGCCAAGCAAAAGCAACACCAGCGACGGCGCCGCCCAAGCACCCAAAACGGUGCGUUUCGACGAAGGUGCAUGGGAUGAAGCCGAAACACCCCUCCUCCCGGGGCCCUCGCUGGUGUCAUUUCAGCGCCGAUCACUCUCUCCGGCGCCAGGAGCUGAAGAAGAGCUUGCGCAACUCGAGGUCGAAUAUGAUCGCAUGGAACCCCAAUCGCGAGCGCCCGUGGACGCGCAGUAUAUGGUGCCCACGCAAAUGGACCAAGAUGUACUUGCCGAGAUGCCUGAAACGAUGCGGGCGCAGCUGAAAGCCGCGAUGGACAAAAAAGCAGCUGAUAAAGCAAGCGACGCGGAACGCAGACGCGAUCAGCCCCCAGUGCGAAGUGACGUGACGCUAACUGCAUCUCAGAUCGAUUCAGCAACCCUGGAUGAGCUACCCGAAAGCCUGCGCAAAGAAAUUCUGCGUGAACUGGCGGAAGUUAGUCGGAAUAACCUCGGGCCUCGUCCACCUAUGCUUCCGCUGCGCGUUGCGACCAAGUCUCCUCGGAAGAAGCCAGCAGCUGCGAGCCCUAACAAGACCCUGCCAAAGCACAAGCUGGUUUCUCCGCUCAAGAAGAAUCAACCCGUGAUUGACCAGGUCACGCUGUGGAUCAUGAACCCUGACAUGCUCAAAGACACAGAUCUGCGAGAGCUCGGCGUCGAUGCGGAGUACUAUCGAGCGCUGCCGGCACAUCUGCAAAGGGAGCUCAUCCGCGAGCAGACUGCCGCUGUGCAAAAGUCCAAAAAAGCACGCGCCAAGCCAGCGAGCAAGACUUCAGACAUGACGAGAGCAGAGAAGCGUGCUGCCGAGACGCAGCGC